AUGAAGUCAUUGGCCAGAGGGGUCAUUGGCUCUCUUGUUGUUGCUUACCAGUUGAUGUCUGCUGUGCCUUCGACUCUACGUGACGUCUUAAGUUUUCUAUUUACUAGUACGACACAGUCGGGGGCAAUGUCGCCCAGGAGUGUUGCACGGAGUGUCACGAAAGCUGCAGGGCUCUGUCAGCAAAUCGCGGGAUGGUCUACUACGUAUCAGCGAUUUUGGAUAUCUUGGAGGAAAAUAAUAAUAGAGAAAGGUGUUUGA